AUGGUUUUGUGCGCAAUUUGUUCAAUUGAAACUUCCAAGUACAAAUGUCCGAGGUGUAUUGCACCAUAUUGCUCACUUGCCUGUUACCAAAAACAUAAACAAAAUGAGUGCAAACCGGAAACCUGUGUACCAAGGGUUGUGCAUGCUACUGUCGAACGAGAGGAUGAGAUGGUCGACUAUGUUCCGAAGAAAAUUUUAGAAGGCUUAAAAUACUCGGAUAAAAUUCGAGAUCUACUGAAGAACCCUCAUCUCCGGAGUCUGCUUCGAUUUUUGAAUGAUACAAAUAAACCUUACUCUGCAUUGGAAAAUGUUAUGCGUGAACCUAUUUUCGUCGAAUUUUCAGAUGAAUGCCUUAAGAUUGUAGACUCAAACUUAUAG